AGGCAUCACCGGAUUCUGCUCACUCUUCAUGCAACGUUAGAAGAGCAGCUCGUCAACCGGGCAGGGAGUCAACGUUGUUGAAUCCCUUUUAAACAAAUUUUACAUGUCCUCUAUUCGUCUCUCUUAAAUGCCUAAAUUCGGGUUGUUUGCCGCGGGUGUCAUCACCCUACGCGUUCGUUGCUAGGCGAUGGACGAGCAACCGAUCCAGGUGAGCGACGAAGAGCGAGUGGUGUUGCGAGAAGACAGCCGGAGGCGGCGACGAAGGAAGGCCAUCACGUCGUCCUCCUGCGCCUCCAUGGAUCACGUUGUUGUGGAGUUCGUUCUCCCCACAUCAUCGCAGGGCGGCGACUGCCCUGACUCGCUGCAAUUAGAUGUUGCGGGAAACUGGACAGUGGAACAGGUGAAGGCUCAGGUGUGGCUCAAUGCAGUGACGUCCAACCUCUGUCCGGAAUUCUACCAGCGGUUUUCUCCUGACCACUGCAUCUUGCUCUACCAGAAGAAAGGCAACACGUGCGAGAUCUACGACAAGCACCAAGUCUUCCAGACGCUGGACUGCGUACACUACUGGAGAGCUCUGAAGAAGGACGUGGGCCGGCUCAAGCUGGUGCCUCGUCCGCAGCCCUCGGACGAGACCCUUCAGUACCAGCGGUUCCUCAACUACCUGAUCGGCUACGACGUCACCGACGUCAGCAACGUGCACGACGACGAGCUGGAGUUCACGCGCAGGAAACUGCUGACACCGCGACGCGUAGAGCUGUCCGAUCGCGACGCAAAGUUCUACUCCAUGGACCCCUGGGUGACACACAAGCCGCUGCCUGAGCACCUCCAGGGGAAGGUCAGUAAUGGCCACGUUCUGGUGGUAAUCCACAUCAGCAUAGCCAGUCAAACCAUCAAGGUGUCCAUUGACGACACACCAGCACAGGUAUUGUCCAGCUUCUUCUCCAAAACAGCAAAUAAGAGAGGGUUGCUGGGCAUUCCUGACAACACGUGCGAGGCAGACUUUGUGCUACGUGUGUGUGGCAGGGAGGAGUACCUGUAUGGAGAUAAACCACUGUACAACUUUAACUGGAUCCGUCAGUGUCUGAAAAACGGCGAGGAGAUCCACUUGGCUCUGGAGACGCUGCCAGAUCCUGAACUGGAUCUGGUCCACGAGGAGGACUGGGCCCAAGUCGACGAUUGCACUGGUGUCGCUGGCACGCAUGAGCAGCUGACCAUCGACGAGAAGGACCACGAGCGAGUGUUCACCAUCUCCAUGUGGGACUGCAACAGAAAGUUCCGGGUGAAGGUGCUGGGAAUCGACAUCCCAACUCUUCCCAAAAUUCCCGACUUUGUCGUGUUCAUUGAGGCCAGCAUCUUCCACAGUCAGCAACUUCUUGCUCAGGAGCGGACGACCCCCAAGACCUUCAAUGAAGAGGUGUUGUGGAACUGCUGGUUGGAGUUUAACAUUAAAAUCAAGGACCUGCCUAAAGGCUCUCGACUCAACCUCCAGGUGGUGUGUAGGAAACAGCCUCAGACUCCAAACUCAAAAGGACCUUCUUACCAGGAUAACACAUCAGGAGGUGGAAGUCACGACGGCAAGACGAAGAGCCGCCUCUUGUACUACGUCAACCUGCUGCUGAUAGACCACCGUUCGCUGCUACGCCAGGGGGAGUUUGUCCUGCACAUGUGGAAAAUGCCAGAGAAGAGCGAGGAGAGCAGCAGCAGCAGCAUCAACGCCGACAAGCUGACGUCGGCCACCAACCCGGACAAGGCUUCGUCCAUGGCCGUCGUCAUCUUACUGGAUAAGUACUGCUACCCCGUGGUGCUUCCCAAGAGCCGCGACCCGAGCCGGGAUGGCGGUCACGCAGCGGAGGACGCCGAAGGAUGCGAGCGAGGUCAAAGGGAGAUGCCAAACCACCUGAAGAAACAGUUUGGAGCCAUCGUGGCCACCGACCCCCUACAUCCAUUGAGUCCUGAGGACAAAGAGCUACUCUGGCAUUUCCGACACGAGUGUAUGCGUGACGUGAGGGCCUAUCCAAAGCUACUGUCUUCAGUCAGGUGGGGGAAACAGGAAGAUGCCCUCGCCACCCACCGGCUGUUGGAGCGCUGCACUGCAUGGGACAGCAGUGUUUUGGACGUCGGCUUGGCCAUGCAGCUGCUCGACUGCCACUACUCGGACGCACAGGUCCGUUCCAUGGCCGUGAGGAAGUUGGAGACGCUGGAGGACGACGACGUGCUGCGAUAUCUUCUGCAGCUUGUCCAGGCGGUCAAGUUUGAGCCCUACCAUGACAGUGCCCUGGUCAGGUUCCUGCUCAAGAGAGCUCUGAGGAGUAAGCGUAUCGGCCAUUUCCUCUUCUGGUUCCUGCGCAGUGAGAUCGCCCAGUCCAAGCAUUACCAGCAGAGGUAUGCGGUCCUGCUGGAGGCCUACUUGCGAGGGUGUGGCGAGGCCAUGCUGCAGGAUUUUGGGAAACAGGUGGAGGUGACCGAGGCUCUGCAGAAAGUCACCCGAGAGAUCAAGACUAUGUCUCCAGACAAGUAUGAUGUCACAGCACAAGUGGUGUGCCAGAUGCGUCAGAAGCUGGAGACCCUCCAGUCGUCUGGUCUUCCGGAGGGUUUCAGGGUCCCCUAUGAUCCAGGUCUAAGAGCUGGAGGGCUGCUGAUCGAGCAGUGCAAAGUGAUGGCGUCCAAGAAGAAGCCGCUGUGGCUGCAGUUUAAAAGGGCCGACCCCACCACUCUGUCCAAGGACCCCAUUGGUAUCAUCUUCAAGCACGGUGACGACCUCAGACAGGACAUGCUCAUCCUGCAGAUUCUGCUGAUCAUGCAGUCCAUCUGGGAAACUGAAUCUCUGGACCUGUGCUUGUUGCCUUACGGCUGCAUCUCCACCGGAAACAGGAUAGGUAUGAUAGAGAUCGUGAAAGACGCCACCACCAUUGCUAAUAUUCAGCAGAGUGUCGUCGGAAGCACCGGAGCCUUCAAAGACGAAAUCCUUCAUCAGUGGCUGCGGGACAAGUGUGUCAGCGAAGACAAGUUUCAACAGGCUGUGGAGAGGUUUUUGUAUUCCUGUGGCGGUUACUGUGUGGCCACCUAUGUCCUGGGCAUAGGCGAUCGCCACAAUGACAACAUCAUGAUCACUGAAUCUGGGAAUCUCUUCCACAUUGACUUUGGUCACAUCUUGGGGAACUACAAGAGCUUCAUGGGAAUCAGUAAGGAGUGGGUUCCUUUUGUGCUCACGCCAGACUUCUUGUAUGUCAUGGGAACGUCGGGAAAGAAAAGCAGCCCACACUUCCAGAAAUUCCAGGAUGUGUGUGUGAAAGCUUACCUCGCUCUUCGGCACCACACCAACCUCCUCAUCAUCCUCUUCUCCAUGAUGCUGAUGACCGGCAUGCCCCAGCUGACCAGCAAGGAGGACAUCGAGUACAUCCGCGAGGCGCUCACCGUCGGCCACAGCGAGGACGAGGCGCAGCGCCACCUCCUGGACCAAAUCGAAAUCUGCCGCGAGAAAGGCUGGAUGGUGCAGAUAAACUGGUUUGUUCACCUGGUGCUCGGGAUCAAGCAGGGGGUGGAGAAACGGUCCACAUGAGUGUUACUCACCACCAGGAAAAUUUAGCAGGCAAGAUGUGUGGAAGACAAUUUGAAAAAGAACAAAGCGUGAUCUGAAUUUGUUAUAAAAAUAACAACAAUGCUCGUGAUAUGCAAAAUUAUAUCUACUUCUUUUCUACAGUGGUGACAUUACUGCUUUGACCAAGUCAAUUGUAAAGUUUUCACGUCCCUGUAACAGCUUCUAUACGGGUUUUCCCACUGCAGGUCUUAAUGUUUAAAAAAAUUGGCAUAAAAAAUGUAGCGUUCCUUUUUAGCGACUUUCCUUGUAUGACCUUUGUGGACAAAUGCCAUCGCUGUAUAGCGGUUCAUUGACUGCGGCCUCGCUAUGUUGCAGAUCAUUUUUUUUAAGCAUAUCUACUAUGCAUAAAUCUCCGCUAUAUAAAACUCUGUGGUUUAUAGUGAUUGGAUUUUAUGGGAUUUUACAGCUUUUUACGUUAAUGCUUUAUUUCAAUUCGCUCUCAACAUAACAACCAGUUAUGGGAUACCUUAGGCAUUACUGCCAUCUAGGGGUAUUCACAGCACACAGGAUUUGUAACAGUAUAGUAUAUAUAUUUUGUAAUUGUUCAAAUUUGUUUAUAAUAUGUUUAAAAAAGUAUGUUUUAAUAAGUUUACAUGUGUUUUAAAGUGUGUGGGAGGGGUAAAAUUACUUUUAUUAGUUUUUGAUGUCUUUAUAUGUCUCUUGAUGCAGGCUCAGCCUCUCCUGCAUCAUGAAGACUGAUGAAUACAUUUUUCUUCAUUUUAAAGCAAUUAUUACUGUUUUAGUCUUGAUUCACUCACUUAGAAACCCAUCCAAAUGCAUAAUCUAAUAUGACUGUUGCAACUGCUCCCCAUUCCUUCCCAUACAAUGGACUAUUCCAACUCUCUCUGUAUUACAUAUUUUCACCAUAUAAUGGUGGGUCUGGAACGUAUCGCCCGCGAUAAACAGCUUCACCAUCGUGCACUUUGACUUUAGAUUGUUUCGUUUUAAAAGUUGACAUUUCCACCACAAGGGGACGCACUGUGACAUAAAACAGGGCUGUUUUAGGAUCCCGUCAUCCUCGCUCCCUGCCUGUCAUAAUUCCUCCCAUCGCUUUCCAUCGUAAUCAUUGACAUUAUUGUCUCAGCAGAUGAGUGGGUGCAGGUGGACAAGACUGACACCCUUUCUUCUUGUUUUCGUUUCAUUGCGGCAUUGAACUGCAAAUUGUCAGAACAGAAUAAAAGCCCCCUCGUUCCUCAGCUCUUUAUGGCUCCUUAAAGCCUUUUAGCACGCCUUCGUGAAUCAUGUGGAGGCUGAAGUGAUUCACUGAACACACAGAAAUGUGAAUGGAAAUGUGGAAAAGAAAAGCUUUGUUGUUCUUCGGUAUUUGUGCUCGGAGAAACGUGUCUCCUUUUAUGCGCUCUUGAGCCUCGCGGCAGCAACACUGAUCGGAGGCGAAAAUCAAAUAUCUUCAUAUGCAACUACACAUGCAGUGUAGUAUCAAAAAUUGCCUGUUGUAGAAUUGCACUGCUUCAUGUUGAAUGUUAAUUUGAACCUUACUGUGUUUAGCGCCAUGAGUGAGUCAAAAUAUCCCAAACCCAUUUCAGUAUAAUGCAGUGCUGUGUGUGUCACUGUGUGUUUACUUGAAUAAAUGCAAAUUGUCAAAGUCUA